CCCCAUUGACUAUAAUUCCAUAAUUCUUGUAUCGAUUUGUUUAGAAUCUCUUGCAAAUGCAUUGGCAGUCAUGCUGUGCUGCUCCCUUUACGUUUUGACAAAAAGCACAUGACAUAAUGUGCUGAACAUUUCGAAGAAUUCCAGUGAACAAUUAAUACAGUGAGGUGUAUUAAUUGGGGGGGCGAAGAACGAUCAGCAAAAUGCAGUUUUACACAGUAUUAGACCAAUGGUUGUAUUCAGUAAAUUCCUAAAUUUCCAAUAUCUAUACGCAAUGAAUAUGGACAGCAGCACCUUCAUUGUAUACAACUUUCCCAGUAUCUCAUACAUCGGGGCUGUUGUCAUCUGUCUGGCCUCUCUCUACUUCUUUUGCUCGUACAACCGGGAAGCGAAAGAUGUACCCAUCAGAGAUGUCUCCAAAGAUCACAGUUGGAGAGCCAUCCAGGUCUCAUCCAGACCCUGGUACUGUUCCAUAUGUGAGCUGCUUCUGAUCAACGGUAUCGGAGCCUACUGUGAUUGCUGUGGAGUGUGCGCCGACCCUGAAUGCAUCAAGAAAGCCAACAAAACGUUGAUCUGCAAAGUCAUCACAAGCAAAAGUGACAGGCAUCUGCAUCAUUGGGUCAAAGGGAAUCUUCCGUUGGGAGCCACAUGCUCGAUAUGCAUGGAGGAAUGCAUGGAUUUUGGCUUGGCCGAUUACCAGUGCUGCUGGUGUCAGAGAGCAGUUCACACCAAAUGUUUACCUGCUGUUGAGAAGGAAUGCGAUUUUGGGCCGUACAAGUCGAUGAUUGUGCCGCCGUGGUGCGUGCAAACUGCGCGCAUGAAGAGCAGCAUCCACAGACAUCUGCUGCUGAGGGGCGUCAAAGAUCCGGGAUGGGAGGAUUGGUCGCCGCUCAUCGUUGUGGCGAACAGGAAGUCGGGAAACAACGACGGCGGGACGAUUUUGUCCGAAUUCAGGAAGAUACUUAAUCCUGCUCAGGUCAUCGAUCUGGCGGAGCGGCCUCCUGCAGCCGCCUUGCAGUGGAGCGUUCUGGUUGCUCCGAAACCGAUUAGGUUGUUGGUGGCAGGUGGCGAUGGCACCGUCUCGUGGAUGCUUACAACCUCGUAUAAAAUGGAUCUGGAACCUCCUCCAGCCGUAUCAAUUUUACCGCUCGGCACCGGCAACGAUUUGUCCAGGGUUCUCGGUUGGGGCAAGGAGAAUUCCACCGAUCUCGACGCAGUCAGUAUUAUGAAGAAGAUAGACGAGGCCAAGUUGUCCGAUAUAGACAGAUGGAGGGUGGACAUUACGCCUCCGAAACAUCUGGGCAUCCAACUACCAGCGAAGACGCAUUUCAUGUACAACUACUUCAGCGUCGGCGUGGACGCCCAGGUAGCUCUGGAUUUUCACAAGACGCGCGACAGCAAAUUCUACCUGUUCAGCAAUCGGAUCUUCAACAAGAUAUUGUACUUAAUAUUCGGGACGCAUCAGGUCAUGUGGUCCGACUGCAAGAACAUCGAGCAGCACUUGGAUCUCUAUCUGGAUGGGAAGAAAGUGGAACUUCCCGAAUUGGAGUCGGUCGUCGUUCUGAACAUUCCGUCGUGGGGUGCAGGCGUGGAUCUGUGGAGCAUGAGCGGUGAUUCCACGACUCAGUCGUACAAGGACGGAGUGCUGGAGGUGCUGGGCAUCUACUCCUCGUUUCACAUCGCCCAACUUCAAGUCGGGCUCUCCACGCCGCACCGCAUCGGCCAAGCUAAGAACGUCGAGAUCCAGCUGAAAGCAACGUCUCCCGUUCAGGUGGACGGCGAACCGUGGGAGCAGCAUCCGGCCAACAUAAAGAUUUCCAUCGUCGAUCAGGCCACAGUCCUGGUGAACCGCAAACGUAGUUCAGGUCACAGUUCAGCCUCCUCCCCGCUGAAGAUUAAUUCAAAAUAGACAUCCCCCCAAUAAAAAACCCACAAAAAAGAAAUACUUUUGCAUUUAUCAAUUGCAUUGGCACGUUAAUUUGAAUGAUUAUGUGAAUGUUUCUAUCGAAUUAGGGGAACAAAAAUGAUGUUCAUCUCGGUUGUUUGUUGUCUUUUCCGUUUAUUUAUGUUGAUUUUAAAUAUAUAC